UCCAUUUCUUCUCCCCCGCAUCGCACCCCAUCUAGGUAUAUAAAGCUAGGCGAGGGGAGGCACGGAGGGUUUUGGAAUUUAGCCGCCGUUGCGUGAGGGAGAGCGAGCACCGAGCGUCCGAGCGGAAGUAGAGCCGAGACCGAGCCGAAGCGGAGGAAGCGCUGCUGGCUGCUACUGUGAGCCCAGCCCACGUCCACUCGCGCUCGCCGCGCCGCGCCUCGUAGGAGGAACUGUUUUGGCGGCGGUUCCCGGCGGCGAGGAUGAGUGGUGGUGGAGUGGGAGGGAGGGGGCCGGCCGCGGCGCUGGCUGGACCGGUGCCGGCGUCUGCGAGGAAGCUAGUGCAGGGGCUGAAGGAGAUCGUGAACCGCCCCGACGCGGAGAUCUACGCGGCGCUGCGGGACUGCGGCAUGGACCCCGACGAGGCGGUCAGCCGCCUCCUCUCCCAAGAUACUUUUCAAGAGGUAAAGAACAAGCGCGAUAAGAAAAAGGAGAUUCCUAAAGCCACAUCUGAGCCAAGAUCUCGAGGAGCAACUAACACAAACAGUCGUGCUACUAGAGGCGGCGCAGAUCGUACUGGCCGAAGCAGUUCAGUUCAGUCUGUAUCCAGCGGAGCUGAUAACAUGCUUUCAAGGUCAUCUAUAUUAGGACCGGGUGUGCCAUCAAGCAAUGCCGCUCAAAAGCAAACAGUUCCAAGUUCUAACAAAGAUGUGGUUCCUGAUGGAUCAUUGCAAUCAUCAUCAGGAUUUCAGCAGAAUUGGUAUGGGGUGCCUGGUCAGAUGUCAAUGGCUGAUGUUGUUAAAAUGGGCAGACCUCAAGGAAGGCCUUCUAGCAUGCCUGUGUCUACAACAGACAAAGCGUUUGCUGGUCAAAACCUGUCUUUUUCAUGUGAAACAAACCAUAACACAAACCAAUCUGCAAGCACAGCGCUCCCAACAACGGUUGACCAGGAAUUUCUGUCUCUUCAAGAUCCUAUUCCUCAAUUUGUGAAUUCUAGUCAUGCUUCUGCUGAUAGCCACCAAACACGUGAAAAUGUUUGGUUUCCACAGGAUGAACCACCAUCGCAAAGUCAAUUUACACUCCCUGAGACAUCUGGUGACCCAUUGUUGUCUGUGGCAUCAUUGGAGUCAUCAGUGCUGGUUGCUGAUGCUAUUAACUUACACGAAAAUUUUCACGCAGAAGAUAACACUUCAACUGUAAUGCAAACAGCAAUGCCUUCUGCGAGACACUUGGAAAGUCUUCAGGACACUAGUCAAUUCAGUGAUGGAUUAUUGCAGAACUCAAGGACAUACCAAUCUCAAGUGCAUUCCUAUGAUGACGAAGUUGAGGUGUCCACUGUUAAUGUCGAAUCGGCUACAACAAACUUUCAGCAUCUGAACUUGCAAAGCGAAGAUCUAACUACAGCUAAUUCAUCUGAAGAUAAUCCAGCUGUUAUAAUCCCCGAUCAUCUACAACUUGGAAAUACAGACUGCGCACAUCUGAGCUUUGGUAGUUUUGGAUCUGGUGCUUUCUCUGGGUUGCUUCCAUCCAAGGUCCCUAAAUACAAUGUGGACGAGGUGGCUAUCCCAAAUGACACACUCUCAGUUGAUCAAAUAGAUGUCAGGAAUCAAGAUUACUAUGACAAUGGUACUCUACAUUCCUCACCAAAUGAGGAUGCUGAGACCAGAGUUGGUACUAACAUGGACAAUAUCGAUGUACCUUCAGUUUCACAGCCUGAUACGCUGAGACAGGGUGCUCUAGAUGUGUCCGGUCUUCAGUAUAACAUGCAAUCAGUUUCGGAUCAUGCUUAUCCGAACACAACACAGCCAACUCUAAUGGAACAAGGAAACACACAAGCACAACAGCUUUCUCAUUUUUCAAACUUGCUGCAAGCAAACUCCCUGCAAAACAACUUGCUGGGGUCAAAUCUUACCCCUCACCGGGAUUUUGACUUCUCACCAUUUCUAUCGACACAGUCAGCUAUGAACUAUAACCCAGCUCUCCCAACUACCAGUUUACCAAUCUCCAUGCAAGAGAGUUUGAACCCAGGGAGUUUCUCCAACACUCAGGCUACACAAAAUCUUCCCAGUACAAGCAUUCCGUCAGGGCAACCUCACCCUCAGCAAUUGCCUGUACAUCCUUACUCUCAGCCAGCUGCCCUGGGGCCUUUUGCGAGUUUAGUUGGCUAUCCAUAUUUGCCUCAAAACUACUACGUGCCACCACCAGCCUUCCAGCAAGCAUAUGCUAAUAAUGGACCUUUCCACCAAUCUGGCGGUGCUGCUGCUGCUGCUGUGCCUGGAUCUGCUAUGAAAUAUUCAAUGCCACAAUACAAGAGCAGCCUUCCUGCUACAAGCCCACCACAACAUUCGUCUGUGGUCCCUGGUUAUGGAGGCUUUGGAAACUUUCCGAAUUUCGGCCAAAAUCAGAGUGCCUCCUCCCCAGGCACAACUAUGGGACUUGAUGAAGCUUUAAGCACACAGUUCAAAGAGGCCAAUCACUACAUGGCCUUACAGCAGAGCGACAACUCUGCAAUGUGGCUUCAUGGAGCUGCUGCUUCAAGAGCCGUUCCACCUAGCAACUUCUAUGGCUUCCAAGGCCAGAACACGCAGGGUGGCUUUCGGCAGGCGCAGCAGCCCUCUCAGUAUGGUGGUCUUGGAUACCCAAGCUUCUACCAGUCGCAGACUGGCAUGCCGCAGGAGCGCCUGCAGAACCCUACUGAGGGAAGCUUGAACAGCUCCCAGACCACCCCGUCUCAGCCAUCACACCAGAUAUGGCAGCACAGCUACUAGGACCUGGAUCUGUGCUCUGCGGGAGAAGCCUCUUUUAAGCUGCCAGGCUAUCUAGCUUGGCAUGCGCCAUAAAGUGAGCAGACUAGCUGACCUGCCGUCUUGAGCGCCGAGAAGAGGAUGACGCGUUCUAUAGUUUGGAAGCGUGUCAGUUUUUUGUUUUUUUGUUUUCUUCCUUUUCACUUGUUGAGUGUGUUCCGGGACUAGUUUCAGCUUGUCGUUUGAUUACAGCUGCUGUCUUGUAACGGUAAGUACUAACUCAUCUAACAGGAGCUGCUUUUUUAUACCCUGUGCGAGUGUUCUUGAUGGCUGCCUCA